UUCAACUGGAAUCUCAACACACUUGUAUGUUUUACUGCUGUUCUGGUGUCAUAUUUAAUAAACAAUUAAAAAGUUAAUACAGCUAGAUAGCAUAUUUAUCCGAUAAAGAUAUGAGUUUGGAUACUCUGUUUCAACAAAUUCUACUAACUGAACAGCAAAUAUCGGAGAAAACGCGACAAUCUCAAGAGGUCAAGGCUGCUAUUGCAAGAUGUGAAGACAGGGUCAAGUCAUUGACAGCAAAAUCAGAAUGUCUCUCCAAGGAACUUGAUGAACAGUGUGUCCUUCCAGGCUCAGCAUCUAUCAGAGACAAAGCUGCAGUAUGACCUAAUGAAAAAGCAUCAAGUACAAGUUGAAAAGCAGGCAGGGGAGCUUCUGAGACAGCAGAGGGAUCUCAGGAAACACUUGGAGAAAAUAAAGAAGUCGUUGAAGGAGGAACAGGAGAAUUUCAUGAAAGAAAUCAUGACUUUCAACAGCGACUUUAGCCUUUUGAAUAACAGGGAGACUGUGUUUGAGAGCCAAACCCAAUCUGAGAUACGUAACUUGGGGGAGGAGGUUAGCUCUUUAAACAAAGAGAUGGAUUCCAUGGGCCGGACGAAUACUCAGAUGAAGUCUAUGCAAGAAGAAAAGAGAGGUCUCCAUUUGGAGCUACAAGGACUGGAACAUAUUAUGAAAGACAUGGAGAACCAGCUGAGUGAGGCUAAAUCAAUGACCGAGUCCUUAAGUGCAGAGAGUCUGAUGGUCACCCAGAAGCCCCUCACAGACAGCACUUGCUUAAGACUUAAAAAGGAGCUGGAGAUGCACAAAGAAGGAGAGCUGGAGCUGCUGAGAGAAGCCCUUAGCUCUGAAAUCCUGUUCCUGCAAUCGAAACUGUCUCAGAAGACUCCCCAAUACUCAAGGAAAUUCACAUAGUGUCCAAAUUCCAGAGGUAUGUUAGAGGUUAGGAGAGAGAUUGAUUAUACCA